CGUGCGGGAAGGGCGCCCCCGGCUUGGCGCUGCGGGGACGCGGGCUCCGGGCCGCACUCUCCUCGCGGCCUCCGUGCACUGCGGGCGCCGGCAGACCGCUCUCGCUGCCCGGUCCGCGCCCCGCGCCCCGGAUCCGGCGCCGCCAUGGACGGGGCGGCCGAGCUGGUCUUCUGCGUGAACGGCCGCAAGCCUGGAAGGUUUCUGCUGAGAAAUCUACUGGAAGCCCGAUAGAGAUUCCUUUGUGAUAGAAAAAAAUGUUGAUCCUGAAACAAUGCUGUUACCAUACCUGAGGAAGAAGCUCCAGCUCACGGGAACCAAGUAUGGCUGUGGAGGGGGCGGCUGUGGCGCCUGCACUGUGAUGAUCUCACGAUAUAACCCCAUUACCAAGAGGAUAAGACAUUAUCCAGCCAAUGCCUGUCUGCUCCCCAUCUGUUCUCUGCACGGUGCUGCUGUCACCACAGUAGAAGGUGUAGGAAGCACCAAGGCCAGGAUUCAUCCUGUUCAGGAGAGGGUCGCCAAGUGUCACGGCACACAGUGUGGCUUCUGCACCCCUGGGAUGGUGAUGUCCAUCUACACCCUGCUCAGGAACCAUCCAGAGCCCACUCUGGAUCAGUUAACUGAUGCCCUUGGUGGUAACCUGUGCCGUUGCACUGGAUACAGGCCCAUAAUUGAUGCGUGCAAGACUUUCUGUAAAACUUCUGGCUGCUGUCAAAGUAAAGAAAAUGGGGUUUGCUGUUUGGAUCAAGGAAUAAAUGAAUUACCAGAGUUUGAGGAAGGAAAUAAGACAAGUCCUAAACUCUUCUCAGAAGAGGAGUUUCUGCCAUUGGAUCCAACUCAGGAGCUGAUAUUUCCUCCAGAGCUAAUGAUAAUGGCUGAGAAACAACCACAAAGGACCAGGGUUUUUGUUGGUGACAGAAUGACAUGGAUUUCUCCAGUGACCCUGAAGGAACUUCUAGAAGCUAAAGUCAAGUAUCCGCAGGCCCCUAUUGUCAUGGGGAACACCUCUGUGGGGCCUGAAGUAAGAUUUAAAGGCACCUUUCACCCAGUUAUAAUUUCUCCUGAUUGUAUUGAAGAACUGAGCGUUGUAAACCAUGCAGAUGAUGGGCUGACCUUAGGUGCCGGCCUCAGCCUGGCUCAGGUGAAGGAGAUCCUGGCUGAAGUGAUCCAGAAGCUUCCAGAGGAGAAGACACAGACGUACCAUGCUGUCUGGAAGCAUUUGGGAACUCUGGCCGGAUGCCAGAUCAGGAACAUGGCUUCUUUAGGGGGCCACAUCGUGAGCAGGCAUCUGGAUUCAGAUCUGAAUCCCCUCCUGGCUGUGGGCAACUGUACGCUCAACUUGCUGUCAAAAGAAGGAGAACGACAGAUUCCUUUAAAUGAGCAGUUUCUCACAAAGUGCCCCAGCGCCGAUCUUAAGCCUGGAGAAAUCUUGGUCUCUGUGAACAUCCCCUACUCCAGGAAGUGGGAAUUUGUGUCAGCCUUCCGACAAGCCCAGCGGCAGCAGAACGCUCUUGCGAUAGUCAAUUCAGGAAUGAGAGUCUUUUUUGGAGAAGGAGGUGGCAUCAUUAGAGAGUUAUCCAUUGCAUAUGGAGGGGUUGGUCCAACCACCAUCUGUGCAAAAAAUUCCUGCCAGCAACUCAUCGGAAGGCCCUGGAAUGAAGAGAUGCUGGAUGCAGCCUGCAGGCUGAUUCUGGAUGAAGUCUCCCUUCCGGGCUGGGCUCCGGGUGGAAAGGUGGAGUUCAAGAGGACGCUCGUCAUCAGCUUCUUCUUCAAGUUCUACCUGAAAGUGUCACAGAUCUUGAAGACGAUGGACCCUGUUCGCUAUCCUGGCCUUGCAGACAAGUAUGAGAGUGCUUUAGAAGAUCUUCAUUCCAGAAAUCACUGGGGUACAUCAAAGUACCAGGAUGUAGACCCAAAGCAGCUUCCUCAAGACCCAAUUGGCCGUCCCAUCAUGCAUCUGUCUGGUAUUAAGCAUACCACGGGCGAAGCCAUCUACUGUGACGACAUGCCAGUGCUGGACGGGGAACUUUUCUUGGCUUUUGUAACAAGUUCAAGAGCUCAUGCUGAGAUUGUGUCCAUUGAUCUGUCCGAAGCUCUCAGCCUGCCAGGCGUGGUGGACAUCGUGACCGAGGAAGAUCUUCGUGGCGUAAACUCCUUCUGCCUUUUAAUUGAACCUGAGAAACUUCUGGAGACACAGGAGGUGUCCUGUGUUGGUCAGCUUGUCUGCGCCGUGGUCGCGGAUUCCGAGGUUCAGGCAAAGCGAGCUGCGAAGCGAGUAAAGAUUGUCUACCAGGAUUUGGAGCCCGUGAUCCUAACUAUCGAGGAAGCUAUACGGCACCACUCCUUCUUCCAGGGGGAAAGGAAACUGGAAUAUGGAAAUGUUGAUGAAGCAUUUAAAGUGGUUGAUCAAAUUCUUGAAGGUGAAAUACAUAUGGGAGGUCAAGAACAUUUUUAUAUGGAAACUCAAAGCAUGCUUGCUGUUCCCAAAGGAGAGGAUCAAGAAAUGGAUGUCUACGUGUCCUCACAGUUUCCCAAAUACAUACAGGCUAUAGUGGCUUCAACCUUGAAGGUCCCAGCUAACAAGAUCAUGUGUCAUGUAAAGCGUCUUGGUGGGGCAUUUGGGGGAAAAGUGACCAAAACUGGCAUCUUGGCAGCCAUCACUGCAUUUGCUGCAAACAAACAUGGUCGUCCAGUCCGCUGCAUUCUGGAACGAGGAGAAGACAUGUUAAUAACUGGGGGCCGCCACCCAUACCUUGGCAAGUACAAAGCUGGAUUCAUGAAUGAUGGCAGAAUCUUGGCCCUGGAUGUGGAGCAUUACUGCAAUGGAGGCGCCACCCUGGAUGAGUCGUUAUUUGUGCUAGAAACGGGAGUUCUGAAAGUGGAUAACGCUUACAAGUUUCCAAACCUGCGCUGCCAGGGCUGGGCGUGCAAAACCAACCUUCCAUCCAACACGGCCCUGCGUGGGUUCGGCUUCCCUCAGUCUGGGCUCAUCACCGAAAACUGCAUCACGGAAGUUGCAGCCAAAUGUGGUUUGUCCCCUGAGAAGGUCCGAAUGAUGAACAUGUACAAGGAAAUUGACCAAACACCCUACAAACAAGAGAUUGAUGCCACGAACCUGAUCCAGUGUUGGAAAGAAUGUAUGGCCACGUCUUCCUACUCCCUGAGGAAAGUGGCUGUGGAAAAAUUCAACUCAGAGAAUUACUGGAAGAAGAAAGGGCUGGCCAUGGUUCCCCUGAAGUUUCCUGUUGGAUUUGGCUCAACCGCUGCUUGCCAGGCUGCUGCCCUGGUUCACAUUUAUCUAGAUGGGUCUGUGCUGGUGACUCAUGGGGGAAUUGAAAUGGGGCAAGGAGUCCACACUAAAAUGAUUCAGGUGGCCAGUCGUGAAUUAAGGAUGCCAAUGUCUAAUGUCCACCUGCGUGGAACCAGCACGGAAACUGUUCCUAAUGCAAAUGUCUCUGGAGCGUCCUUGGUGGCGGAUCUCAACGGACUGGCAGUAAAGGAUGCUUGUCAAACUCUUCUAAAACGCCUUGAACCCAUCAUCAGCAAGAAUCCUAAAGGCACGUGGAAGGAUUGGGCGCAGGCUGCUUUUGAUGAAAGCAUUAGUCUCUCAGCGACUGGAUACUUCAGGGGUUAUGAGACACACAUGAACUGGGAGACAGGCGAAGGCCAUCCUUUCGCGUACUUUGUGUUUGGAGCUGCCUGUUCCGAGGUGGAAAUAGACUGCCUGACAGGUGCGCAUAAGAACAUCAGAACAGACAUUGUCAUGGACAUUGGCCACAGUAUAAACCCAGCCCUUGACGUAGGCCAGAUUGAAGGCGCCUUUAUUCAAGGCAUGGGCCUCUAUACAAUCGAGGAGCUGAAGUAUUCUCCUCAGGGAGUUCUGUUCACUCGUGGCCCCGACCAGUAUAAAAUCCCGGCCGUCUCUGACGUCCCCACAGAGCUGCACGUUUCUUUUCUGCCUCCGUCUCAAAACUCAAAUACGCUGUAUUCAUCUAAGGGUCUGGGAGAGCCUGGGGUGUUCCUGGGGUGCUCAGUCUUCUUCGCCAUCCACGACGCGGUGAGAGCAGCACGACAGGAGAGAGGCCUGCUUGGACCCCUGAAGCUCGAUAGUCCACUGACCCCGGAGAAGAUUAGAAUGGCCUGUGAAGAUAAGUUCACAAAAAUGAUUCCAAGAGAUGAACCUGGAUCCUAUGUUCCUUGGAAUAUACCCGUAUGAUUCAGAUACAAACUUCUGGGGAAAUGGGCUGACUCUUCCAACACAGCAAUCUGUCCGGUCUCUGCGCUCUAAAAUGCUAAGUCUGAAAGACGAACUUCACAGUUCAGAAAUCACUUCACAGAGUAUUGCUUUUAUAUGACGCUGAUCUUAAAUGUUCCAUUGAGAUUUUGACAGAUAUGCUUAAGCAAUUUAGAAAUCAUAUUUUAAGUGGCAUGAAUCCUAACUGGUUUUCUCUACAAUGAUAUUUUCCAUUAGUCGGUGCCAUAAAUCCAUCCAGCUGAAUGGAAUAGAAGACGAUGGCUUGUAUGUGAUCUGUAGUUGGCUUGUAUCCACCGACAGAAAUUAUACUGUCUGGUGAAAGGCAAUUUUCUAAAUAAUUGUAUUAUUAGUAUGGCUGUAAAGUUGUCAUUUUCUCAUUUGUGCCCAUCUGCCAUCACCCUCCUUUUCUUGUCAGAGGGGAUCCAGGCACUGGAUCUAAAGAGUCGGUGGAACCAAAGAAAAAAAUAAAUAAAUUGGACUUUAUCAAAACUAA